GACUCCCUCUUCUCUGCCGGCUCCUUAGGUGGCUUUCCUGGAGCAGCCGAGGAGGGUCCCCGCGACGAUGGACGCUGGAGGGCGCCCCGCGGGGGGCUGCAGCGGCCCCGCGGGGCAGUCCCGGGAGUACAAGCUGGUGAUGCUGGGGGCCGGCGGCGUGGGCAAGAGCGCCAUGACCAUGCAGUUCAUCAGCCACCGCUUCCCGGAAGACCACGACCCCACCAUCGAAGAUGCUUAUAAAAUCCGGAUUCGUAUUGACGAUGAGCCUGCCAAUCUGGACAUUUUGGACACAGCCGGACAGGCAGAGUUUACUGCCAUGCGGGAUCAGUACAUGAGGGCUGGAGAAGGGUUCAUCAUUUGUUACUCGAUCACCGACCGUCGAAGUUUCCAUGAAGUUCGGGAAUUCAAACAGCUUAUUUAUCGAGUUCGACGGACUGAUGAUACGCCCGUGGUUCUUGUGGGAAAUAAGUCUGACCUAAAUCUACUGAGACAGGUCAGCAAAGAAGAAGGCCUGGCUCUGGCACAGGAGUUCAGCUGUCCCUUCUUUGAGACGUCGGCUGCCUACCGCUACUACAUCGAUGACGUGUUCCAUGCCCUGGUGCGGGAGAUCCGCAGGAAAGAAAAGGAAACUGUCCUGGCCCUGGAGAAGAAAUCGAAACCUAAGAGCAGCGUGUGGAAGAGGCUGAAGUCACCGUUCCGGAAGAAGAAAGACUCAGUGACCUGAGGGAGGCCAGCCACCGUGUUCCUGGGCUGCUGGGCUGUCCCAGGGCUUGCAGUGACCGUGGCCGUGGGCCAAGCUUGUUCUCCUUCCUAUCAGGACUGCCAAAGGGGGCAAGUGUCCCCGGAGCGUCAGUGCUGUGGUAUUUCACGUGUUCUCGAUUAGCUGAUUGUGAUGCAUUAACCCAGAGAAGCGCCAUCUCCUUGCAAGAUGUCGUUAAUAGAAUUAUGAUUUGCCAACAUUCUGGGGGGUGCUGUUGCUGACUGUCACUCCACGUUUGUUGUUCUUUCCCAGGGGGGACUCUAUUCCAAACUCAAAAAAGGAAUUGUGGCCAUGCAUCACUCCAUUCGUCUCUUGCAGCCUCAGUGUUUUGGGAUUUGUCCCCAACCAGAAAUCCAAAUCUCUCUUCGUCCCUCCCCCUGUGCUUCCUUGAGAGACCGAAACACCAAUAGGAAAUGCACAUCAAAUACUUCAGCCAGGACAUGUGGAACAAACUGACUUUGGUUGCAUGUUCUUCAGUGAUUCGAACUGUUGCCUUCAGGUGAUGCGUUUGCAAGAACUUGUUAGAAAACAGGAGUCUGCGGGUUGUGUUCUCAGGAGUGUUUUCUGAGAGGGCCCCCGUUCAACCCAGAUGCACUGGGCAGUGUAAGGACACAGAACCAUGUAAACCUAGUGCUUUCUCCCCUGAGCUGGUCUCCUGCUGUUGACAUGAAGUUGCCCCUUAUUGGGCGGGGUCUGCCUGGCAGUGCUCUGGAUCACCAACGCCACAGCUGGCAGUGUCAGAAAAGGCCAUGGGGUGCAGAUUUCCCUGGCCAUGAGUGCCAGCCACUGGAGCUAUUUCCCUGGUCUGGUUUCACCUUUUCUUUCUUUCUUGAGAAGUGGGGUAAGUGUUUUGGACCCAGUUGUGCUGGGGCUGACUCCAGCUUGGUGUUGGUGUGGGCAAGUUUGGACCACACCCAGCUGUGCUUAGAAGGCUAAGCUGGUCACUGAGCCCGGAGUCUCACGGGCAAGACCAGUGCUCAGCCACUGAGCCAUCUCCCUGAAUCGCUCUUGCCCUCUUUUGCCUUCAGACCCCGUGAGAACCAGCAUUGAAACCAAGCUCUCAAAACCGAACCUCGGACUGAGACAGCCUGUGUCUUCGGUGGUUGGGAGGUUUCCCCUUGGGGAAUGCUCGCUCUGUAAGGUCGGAGCACUUGCUCCAGGCGCUUCCCCCUGGCCUCUCAGCAGAACUCCAUCUGCCAGAAAGGGCAUCAGUCCCCUGCUGAGACCAGCCGCACUUCCAACAUAAGCAGUGUGGUUUGUGAAACUGCCCCGUGACAAUCAGUGAUCUCAGGAAACCUGUGGCAUUUCUGUGUAACACACCCCUCCUAGAGCUUUAAAACUACAGUGUUGAGUUUCUCAAGAAGAGAGUCUCUGGCAGCCGCUAAAUUCCUCUCAGGCCUGUCAGAGCCUCAGCCAGGUUUGCCCUGAGAACACAUCCCAGUAUCUCACUUGGGUACUGGGGCAGAGUUGAGGAACUGCUGUACUGGGAAGAAAGAGCCUGAAAGGCUGGUGGGGAGGGGCCCUCCGGCAUAUAGCACAGCAGGACAGGCGCUUGCCUUGCCUGUGGCCAGUAUGGGUUCAAUCCCUGGCAUUGCAGAUGGCCCCCGCAGGAGUGAUCCUUGAGCACCGCCAAGUGUGGCCCAAGAACCAAAAAAAAUAUGUUGGUGGUGACUGUUUUCGAAUGAGGAUUCUGUUGCUGUCUGUGUUCUGGGUAGGGAUAAAAUGCACAGUGUAAGACUAUGGCGGCAGAUAGCAUUAAAUUCUACAGAACUACCAUUUGUGUCCAUCAUUGUGGGGAAAACCUGAAGGGAUAGGCCGUUGGCCCUGCAUGCAGAAACCCUGAGUUCAGUCCUUAGCCAUGCAUAUGAACCCCCGAGCCAACUAAGGUAAAUCUCCCUCUCCCACCACCAAAUAAGACGCAUGGCUUUGUGUAGCAUUUUAAAAAGCACAGUUCAGCUGACUCUCUUUUGUUCCUGGUGGAAGGAUAGGAUUGUUUCCUUAUAGCCUGUUUUGGGAGCACUUUCUCAGAGUGGCCACCCUGGGAGGGAGGGUUCAGGAAUGGUAGGGUGGGGGGCUGUAUUAGGAGACCUAAAUGGAAACGGUAGGCCCAGGAAGCCGAAGAACCUCUGGUGAGGGACUGGUGCGAUAGUACAGUGUGUAGGGCGUUUGCCUUCCACGAUCUCCAGCAUCCCAUAUGGUCCCCUGAGCAUCACUGGGUGUGACCCAAAAAGUGAAAAGAAAAAAAAAAAGGACCUCUGCUUAAAUACAUUUUAACACCAGCACACACCACGGGUGCCUCACAAGACUGUGGUGUAAUGCAAAUUGCAAGGCUGGCAUCAGCCUGUUAAAGAUGAUGUUCUAACUUGAUUAUUUUAGCUUGAUUGUUUUACCUGGAGAACCCCAUAGAAAAGUUUAACAAGUCAUGUUUUAUGGGAUUAAGGUAUCCCUAGAAUAAGACUCAGAAUUUGAAUCUCUGCAGGACAGAAGUAGCACUGUGGGGAGUGAAAAGGAAAUACUGUGCAUGGGCCGGAGAGAUUUUGUUUUUCUUUUUGGGCCACACCCAGCAGUGCUCAGGGGUUACUCUUGGCUCUGCACUCAGGAAUUACUCCUGACAGUGCUUGGGAUGCUGGGAAUUGAACCCUAGUCAGCUGCAUGCAAGGCAAAUGUCCUCCCUACCUGCUGUACUAUCGUUCUGACCCCAAGAUUUUGUAUAUAUUUUUUUCAAAAAUUGGGGCUGGAGUGAUGGGGAUGGAGUGAGUAGGGCACUUGCCUUAAAUACUGCCAGCCUGGGUUCAAUUCCUACCACCCAUAUGGUUCCCCAAACCCUACCAGGAAUGAUCCCUGAGUGCAGAGGCCAGAGUAAGCCCUGAGGAUCUCCAGAUGUGACCAGAAAAACCAAAAAAUAAACUCUAAUUUAUGGGGCCAGAGAAAUAGUACAGCAGAUAGGAAACUUGCUCUGUAUUCCACCAAUCUGGUUUGAUCCCCAGCAUCCCAUAUGCAUGGUCCCCUGAGCAUUACCGGGUGUGGCCACUAAACAGAAACCCUAAUUUAAAACAAAAUUUUAAAAUCACAAUCUCAUAGGCUGAGGAGGUGGCAUAAGGGACUGAAUGAAGGUGGCCUAAGGGCUCUACAUGCAGAAGCCCCAACUUUGCGCCCUGCUGAGUACUGCAGGAAUGGCUCCUGAGCUCUGAGCCUGGAGUAACCCAAAACCCUCCAUGCAAACUAUAACUCAUGUAUUUUUUUAUUAAUUAAAAAAACCAGAACUAUUGAGAAUUCUAUUCAUGGUGCUAUGUAUUUCAAGGAGUAUAAUAUGUGUAAAUCAUAAAUGUAUUCUUUAGUUAUAAUUUAUACACUAAAUAGCUUUAUCCAGCUUAAGGGCAAUAAUAGCAAUCAGUUACUGCCUAGAAUUUAAGAGAAAAAUUCAGGGACAAGCUGAAAAGCACUGGAACUGUCCGUACCAGAUUGCUAACUUCAAGGGCUGAAGAGUUAGUAUGGAGGGCAGGGCACUUGCCUUGCACAUGGACAAUCCAGGUUUGAUUCCCAGCAUCCCAUAUGGUCCCCCGACCACCCUUGAGCAAAGCUGGGUGUGGCCCCAAACUAAGAAACAAAAAAGUUGCUUAGAAAAUGUGUAAGUGUCUCGAAUCAACUCUUGAAUUAAAAAGGGGAUAUGUGUUUUAAUAUCUUGAUAUACUUGCAAGAAUUGAGCUAUUGUGAUUUGGCAAGGAGGGUGGGAUAGAAAAAUAUUCCAUUUAACAGUUGUAUAUGAAAAUCACUUGUAUGACAAUAUAAAA